UCGAUAAGUCCGCGGUCACACUGUCCAAUUCUCAAUUGACAUAAAUUAAAAAAAAUUAAAUUAAAUUUUAUCUUUUGAGAAAGCCGUUUCAGUAAAAAUGUCACUGAACUACGAAGAAAUGAGCUGGUCAGAUGUGCGAGACCAGUUUAGAAAGUGGCGCGAGGAAACCGGACGACAUAGCGAGGAGGUUGUCCAGCUUUGGGUCGCGGUACUCGAGGACAAAGUGCAUAAAACUGGCAAUGAGCGACAUCUGAUUCUGGAGCAGGUGAUAAUAGCGGCACUGGAUACGGCGCGAUUCGAUAUUGCCACUAAUUGCACCAAGCAGCUGAGCCUGGAGUUUCCCGGUAGUCUGCGCGUGAUGAAGUUCAAAGCUAUGCGUUAUGAAGCACUCGAACAAUAUGACGAGGCCGAUGAAGUGCUGGAUGCCAUAAUAGCCAAAGAUGAGACAAAUGCUGCGCCCCGGAAACGGAAAAUUGCUAUACUUAAGGCGCGUGGUCGUCGAGUGGAAGCCAUCAAGGAACUAAACGAUUAUUUAAAAAAGUUCAUGUCCGAUCAGGAAGCAUGGCACGAGCUGUGCAGCAUGUACCUGGCCGAGGGCGAGUACGGAAAGGCAUCAUUUUGCAUGGAGGAAGUUUUGCUGCACAAUCCCCACAGCCAUUUGAUACAUCAGAGACUCGCAGAGAUACGUUACACUAUGGGUGGCGUUGAGAAUGUUGAAGCAGCUCGUACGUACUAUUCGCAGGCUCUUAAGUUGAAUCCUCACAAUUUGCGUGCCCUCUAUGGCCUUUAUUUGAGCUGCAACUUUUUGGCCAAUUCUAAAGCAGUAAGUUCCAAGCGCAAAGAGUCGCAAAAGCUGGCACAGUGGGCCCUGGAACAAGUUUCGUCCCAUACCGCCAAGCAGUCUUCGAUCAAAAACAAUGAGAAAUUAAUUCUCUCAUUGGAGGCAGCAUUGGGAAACUUGGAAAUAAAGUCAAAUUGACCCAAAGAUGCAAUUAUUGGUGGAUUCAUUUAUGCAACGUGUCUAAAAAAAAUUCCAAAUAUUCUCCAAAAUAAGUUUUCAACAAUUAAAGAAUAUAAAUAUUAAAAAAAAUACCGGGUGUAAAUUAGAAUUUAGUCAAACAGUGCAUCCAAGCUAAUAUUUAUCAUGUUUAGCAAUUCGGUAAUCCUGCUCAUCAAAUCACUCUUAAAUUGACUGCGUGAAGAUAGUUCAGCAAUAAACUGUGCGGAAAGAUCAGAAAAA